AUGUUUUCAACCAACAUGGAAACAAAAAGAGUGGACAUCCCCUCCAGCGUUCUGGACGAUCUGUGCAGCCGGUUCAUCCUUCACAUCCCCAGUGAGGAGCGGGACAAUGCUAUCAGAGUGUGCUUCCAGAUUGAGCUGGCCCAUUGGUUCUACCUGGACUUCUGCAUGCAGAACACUCCAGGAGCACCUCACUGUGGGAUCAGAGACUUUGCCAAAGCUGUUUUCCAUCAUUGUCCCUUUUUGCUGCCUCAUGGAGAAGAUGUGCAGAAGGUUCUCGAGCAGUGGAAGGAGUACAAGAUGGGUGUACCGACUUAUGGUGCGAUUAUUCUUGACGAAUCACUAGAGAAUGUAUUACUUGUUCAGGGCUACCUUGCAAAAUCUGGCUGGGGCUUUCCAAAGGGGAAAGUGAACGAGGAUGAAGCUCCCCAUGACUGUGCAGUUCGUGAAGUUUUGGAGGAGACGGGCUUUGAUAUCAAGAAUCUGAUCUGUAAGGACAUGUACAUCGAACAGAAGAUCACGGACCAGUUGGUGCGGCUCUAUAUCAUACCAGGGGUGUCCAAGGAUACAAAGUUUAACCCUAAAACAAGAAAAGAGAUCAGAAAUAUUGAAUGGUUUUCUAUUGAGAAGCUGCCCUGUCACCGAAAUGAUAUGACCCCAAAGUCUCAACUUGGACUGGCUCCUAACAGGUUUUUCAUGACCAUUCCAUUCAUGAGAAGUAAAAAGAAAUCUGUUUUGAAAGGCAGUGGGAAGAAAGUCCAGGACUCUCCUUGUGUCAAGAAAGGAUCCAGCGACAUCAAGUUCAACAACCAGCAGGUAGAAACGAUAAGCUGGAGAAAUUUAAAGUGA